CAGUGUUUUCACUCGCGAGUUCCAUUCGCUCGCAGUAAGCACAACAAUGGCGGAGAUCGUGAGCGCUCUGGCAUCCCAAUUCGUGAGCACCAUCGCCGAGCUGGUGAAGGACGAGGUGACCUUGCUGAGGGCUGUGAGAUCGGAGCUUCAGCAGCUCGUGUUUGAAGCUCGUCUGGUCCAAAACUACCUGAACGAUGCUGAGCACAAGGCCAUGCACGACCUUACCAUCCGGACAUGGUUGUCGGAGCUCAGGGAUGCUUUCUAUGACGCCGAUGACAUCGUCGACCACGCUCGGACCCGCGCUGAGAGGGUUUCCGGCGCUUCUACUGCUCAGGUGUGUUGUUUCUCUCCUUUGGCUUCUGUUUCUGGUGACCUUGUCUUCCGUCAUAGAAUCGGUGGUCGGAUUCGGAGCGUCAAGGCGAGGUUGGGAGAGAUUUUGAAGCGGGGGAUGGAGCUAGGGUUGGUUUGUGUUGGUUCUGUGAGGCGUCGGAGAGAGGGGAUUCGCGGACGAGACGCCGGUCCCGACGUGGAGCCGGACAUUGUUGGUGGUGGAAUUGAAGAUGAUACCAGUAAAUUGGUUGAGAUGAUGAUCACUGAUGGUGAUGGGAAAAUCUCUGUUUAUGGGAUUGUGGGGAUGGGUGGGAUUGGUAAGACUACGCUUGCUCAGAAGAUCAACAAUCACGGGAGCAUCAGAGAAAACUUUCACUCGCCACUACCCGUGUGGAUUUGUGUUUCUAAGGAAGCAAACGAUUUGAGAGUGUUGAAACUCAUUGUGAAACAUUUGGGUGGUGAUUAUAACUAUGACUCUGUAGGUGAACUUCAGCAUAUUCUAGGUCAAGCGGUAGAGAAUAAAAAACUGUUUUUGAUUCUUGAUGAUGUAUGGGAUUCACAUCUUUGGGAGAGAGUGCUUAAAAAGCCAUUGUCUAAGGUUGGUCUUGGCAGUAGAGUUUUGGUCACUACCAGAGAUGAGCGUGUCACACUGCAAAUGGGGGAUGUGUACAUUCACAAUGUGCAGGAGUUGUCUGUGGAGGAUGGUUGGUCAUUGAUGCGCAAGCUAGUGUUCAGUGCCAACGAGGAAUGGGAUAUGCGACAGCUGGAAGACAUUGGUAUGCGAAUUGUUGAGAAGUGUCAUGGCCUUCCACUGGCAAUCAGGACAGUUGCCGGGGUUCUUCGUGAAAAUGAAAAGCACCCGAGGGAGUGGGAGAAAGUACUAGAGAACCCGGCUUGGGGGAUGACUGACCUCCCACAAGGCGUAAUGGGGGUCCUUUACUUGAGCUAUGAGGAUUUGCCUCUUCAUCUCAAACAAUGUUUCCUCUUUUGCACACUUUUCCCUAAGGACUUCGUCUUGUUUGAAUCCUUUUUGAUUGAGCACUGGAUUGCUCAGGGCUAUGUGAAGGAGGACAAAGAUUUGAUUGUGGAAGAGGUGGCUAGAAAAUAUUACAGAGAGCUGCUGAGAAGGAACCUUUUACAACCAGUUCCUUACACCUAUGAAAAAGCUGAGUGUCAAGUGCAUGACCUGUUGCGGUCUCUUGGUCUAUAUCUAGCUCAAGAUGAGCAUUUCUUUGGCAAUGUUAAAGCACUGACCCGUUCAUUGUCUGCGCCUCCUAUGAAGAGACUACACCAUAUUGCAAUUUGGGACGAAUCCCUCACUGCAAUUCCUAAAAGUGUGAAAAAACAAACCUCAACAAGGACACUCAUACUCGCAAAAAACUUUCUAAUGAAUGAGCUACCUGAAGAUCUCUUCCACAAGCUUAGGACAUUGCGGGUUCUGAACUUCCGAGAGACUGGACUUACUACCAUGCCCAAGUCUUUGGGAAACCUCUUGCACUUGAGAUGCCUCAGUCUCUCUUUUGUCCCUAUUGAGGAGCUACCUGAGAGCAUAGGUGGCCUUAGCAAUUUGCAAUACUUGCUGCUCUGGAGUUGUGAAAAGUUAUCCAGACUCCCCAGAAGUAUCACAAGGUUGUACAAGCUCAGAUGUCUUACUGUUAGUGGUACUCCAUUGGUAGGCAUGCCCUCGGGGAUUGGUAAACUGGUUCAUCUUAACAGAAUUGUUGGGUUUGUGACCAAUGACAAAAGCAAUGACCCCAAUGGUGAAUUGUGCUCCCUUGAAGAGAUCCGGUCUUUCUCACAGCUAAGAGGUAUCUCCAUUGUGAAUUUGGAGAAGGCAGCCAUAGCCCCCCGAGGAGAAAUAGGAUCAUUUCUCAAAGACAAGAAGCAUUUACAUCACCUUGACUUACAAUGUAGCAAUGAGGGGCAAAGAUUCACAGAGGAGGAUGUGGCAAGGAUCGAGGAGGUCUUUGAGGAACAGCUUUCACCACCAUGUUCACUCCAACGGCUCAUAAUCAAUGGUUACUUUGGCUCUAAAUUCCCAACUUGGAUGAUGCAGGAUAGGGUGAUCUUCUUGAAUUUGAGAAUACUAAUGUUAUUGAGGUGUACAGCUUGUGUGCAGCUUCCACCAUUGGGUCAGCUUCCUCAGCUGGAUCAUCUUGAAAUUGCAGACGCCGAGUCCAUAGGAUGUAUUGACCUUGAUUUAAUGGGUACAGGAAACAUCUUAUUUCCAAAGUUGAACAAAUUAUUUUUGCUUCACAUGCCAAAGUGGACAGAAUGGCGAUGGGUAGCAAGGGACAAUGUAAAGGUGAUGCCUCGCCUGGACAUGCUAUACAUCUCUGACUGUCCCCACCUCAAGGCCCUUCCCGAGGGUCUUACUCACCAUGCUACAGCCCUAACUGCGCUGGAAAUCCGAGAAGCGCACAGCCUAACAGUGGUUGAGAGAUUCAAAUCUGUGAAGAUCUUAAAGCUUCACUUCAACAACAAGCUCACAAGGGUUUCUGGUUUCCCUACAGUCCAUACCAUGGAUAUUAAAGACUGUGAUGCAUUAGUACAUGAUGUGGGGGUAUUUCCUUCACUCCAAAUCCUGGAGUGGGGAAGCAAAUAUGUGAGUCACUUGCCAGAGUGGUUGCUUCCAAAAGAUGUCCCUAUCUUUCCUGCACUCAGGAAGUUUGUGGGUACGGUUAAAGAUGUUGAAACACUUGGCAGGUGUCUUGUCGAUGGUCCUGAUUGGCCCAAGAUUGAGCACAUCUCCAAUGUUUCCAUUGGAGUCAUUCAUCAGCUGAAGUUUAUCUCAUAUAUAAAAGAACCUUUUGACUUCAAGGCCAACAUUUCACUUCUUUCUAGUGAUGAGAUUGAUGCUUUAGAUGCUAAUGAUGAAUAUGAACACCAAGCUUAGUGGCAUGAUCAUAUCUAUGCAUAAUUAUGAAGGAGGUGUUCAUUUUUUGGCUUACGUCAAACUAUACCUACAUGUACAUGCUGGGGUACCACAUGUUCUCAAGCGGUUCUCAAAUUCUGUAGAGGAGAAGGCAAAAUGGGUCUUGGAAAAGCUAAAAGGAAGACAACAGAAACCACUGCCGGAUCUCCUCCGCGAGCACAACCUACCUCCCGGCCUCUUCCCGAAGAACAUAAUUUGCUAUGAA